CACUACUCCCAAGGCACGGAUAAACUGAGGGCAGCAGAGCGCGUGAGGAGCGGAGAGUGUGCGGGUUAAUUCCUCAAAUUAUUAACAAAAAUGCAAAUUAUUACAUUAUUCCAGCUUGUUUCUGCCUCAUUAUUGGCACUGGCUGCCAAUGCAGAGGUAUUCUUUAAAGAGCAGUUUCUGGAUGGAGAUGCCUGGAAGAGUCGAUGGGUGAACUCUGAGCACAAAUCUGACUAUGGCCAGUUUAAACUAACCGCCGGAAACUUCUACGGAGACGCUGAGAAAGACAAGGGUCUCCAGACGAGCCAGGAUGCACGUUUUUACGCCACCUCCGCCCGCUUCGAGCCCUUCAGCAACGAGGGCAAACCUCUGGUGAUCCAGUUCACCGUCAAACACGAGCAGAAGAUCGACUGCGGAGGCGGAUACGUUAAAGUCUUCCCGGCUGAUCUCAACCAGGCGGACAUGCAUGGAGACUCCCAGUAUUACGUCAUGUUCGGGCCUGAUAUCUGCGGCUACAGCACCAAGAAGGUCCACGUCAUCUUUAACUACAAAGGCAAGAACCACCUCAUCAAGAAAGAGAUCAAAUGCAAGGAUGAUGAAUUGACUCACUUGUACACACUGAUCCUGAAUCCGGAUCAGACGUACGAGGUGAAGAUUGACAACGAGAAGGUGGAGUCCGGCUCUCUGGAGGAGGACUGGGACUUUCUGCCCCCAAAGAAGAUCAAGGACCCCGAAGCCAAGAAGCCUGAGGACUGGGACGACCGCGCCAAGAUCGACGACGAGUCGGACACCAAACCCGAGGACUGGGAUAAACCAGAGAACAUUCCCGAUCCUGAUGCCAAGAAGCCAGACGACUGGGAUGAAGAUAUGGAUGGAGAGUGGGAACCUGCCAUGAUCCCAAACCCAGAGUACAAGGGUGAGUGGAAGCCCAAACAGAUCGACAACCCCAACUACAAAGGUGUCUGGGUGCAUCCUGAAAUCGACAACCCUGAAUACUCUCCUGACGCCGAGAUCUACAAAUUUGACAACGUUGGAGUCCUUGGGCUUGAUCUCUGGCAGGUAAAAUCCGGCACAAUUUUUGACAACUUCCUAAUCACAGAUGACGUGAAGGAAGCCGAGGAUUUCGGAAAUGAAACAUGGGGUGCUACAAAGGGACCUGAGAAGAAAAUGAAGGAGGAACAGGAUGAGAAGAAACGCAAAGAGGAGGAGGAGAAGAACAAGGAUCAGAGCACAGAAGCAGACGAUGAGGGGGAGGAAGAUGAAGGUGAGGAAGAGGAAGAGGAGGAAGAGACAGAAGAGACUCCAGAGGACGGAGAUGACGAUGAUGAUGCGCUUCCUAAAGACGAACUGUAACACAGGAAGUAGAGUUCCGUCUGCAUUCCGUGGUUGCCAGGGAAACGACCACAGUGCAUUCAUUCUAAACAGACGACAAUGAUGAUGUCAUGAUGAUGUCAUACAGGGGCAAACAGGCGAAUGAAAGUUCUCAACCCAUACGUUUAAUUUGUGACCAUUGACCUUUAACGAGCCAGUUUUUUUUGUUAUUGAAGAGUUUUGUGUACAGUACCAGGGAUCUGAUUAAUGCUGAUCUAUGAUCGGUUUAUUGUGCCUUUCCUUGUUUGUAAAAUCGACGCCCAUGUUAGUCCAUGCUGUUGGUGUCAGUUAUGUUAGGAACUAGACACAAUUCAUGAAGUUUACUAGAAUUAUAGUUAUGAAAGCCUGUUUGCACCGCUGAAUACAAAAAUAAAAAGAACAUUUAUCUCACAAUUCUGACUUUUUUUCUCGCAGUUCUGAGUUUAUAUCUUACAAUUUGGAUUUUUUGUUUGGCAAAUCCGAGAAAAAAGUAAGAGUUGUAAGAUAUUAAGUCAAAAUUGCAAGAUAUAAACUCAUGAUACUGGGAAAAAAGUGAAUUGGGAGCUUUAAACUCAAAGUGGCAGGAUAUAAAAUAAAAAUGAUGAGAUCUAAACUCAUGAUACUGAAAAAUAAAGUCUGAAUUGUGAGAUUUAAAGUUAAAAGUGCUAGGUAUAAACUCAAAAUACUGAAAGAAAAAUCAGAAUUGUGAAAUUCAUUUUGAAUUUUUUUAGACCGAAGUAAAAAUUGAAUUGUGAAACUUGUACUCAAAAUGUUGAGAGAUAAAAAGUCAUUAAAAAUUCAUUUAAUUUUUUUAUUUUGUAGCAGAAACAAAAAGCCUCAGAAUUGCAAAGGAAAAAGUCAGCAUACUGGGUUUAUAUCUCACAAUUCUGAUGUUUUUCCUCAAAGUCUUGUGUCAAAAGUUACAAUUACAUUUGAGUUUUUUCUUCAUAGUGGAAACGGACUUCCAUCAAAAGUAUGGAAUGACAUGUUACACGGUUCCCAGCUUGCAUACGUGUUUCUCCACACUCAAACUGAAUAGUAGAGGAUGUGAUUGUUAUUAAUGAGCGAUUAAUCAGAUCACAGGCUGGCUUUCAAACUAUAGUCCAUUUUUUCUGUUUUCAGUUGCAGGAAAACUUGCAACGAGGACCGAUGAUUGUUUGUACUGUAGUGCAAAAGACACAAUUGGCAUAAUGUUCCUUUGGCACUGAUGAUUUAGUUUUGUUCUGUUACCGCGGUAUGUGUGCUGUGGUUGUUAUCAAUCUCCUAAAGAAGACAUUCAGGAAAAGCCCUUUCUUUUUCUAGCUCUAUUUAUUACAAAAGUCUUUCAGUUUGAGUUUCAGAUCAUCAGUGGCAGUAACAUCUGUGGUGUUUUCUUACUUGAAAAUAACUAGCUACAAUAAGGGAUGUGGUAAUAUUUGCAAAGUUUUUAAGGCCUCGUUAAAACACAAACUAGUUGUCUACACACUGUGAACUAAAUCCCAAAUGUUCAAAUUGGAUUGGUACUGAAAAUCCUGUUUAGUGACAUUAAACCACCUUUUUAAAUGUCGAGAGUUGUAAUUAAUGCCAAAGUUUUAAUAAAUAACUUUAUUGUACAUGCA